CUUGACGACAUGCGAACGAUCUACCACCCGUCCAGUGGGCGACUAACACGGAUCGAUCAUUUUGAUGACUAUCGCUCGCGUCCUGCAUUCCAACAUGCGGAACCGCCUAUUGACCCACAUCCAUGGCGACCAUUUGCAUCACGUUAUGACUUUGAGCUUGCUGAAUUCAUUCUUGAUGCGGCUCUUACUGAGAAGCAGAUGAAGACUAUGUUCAGACUACUGAACCCGGAGGCAGAAAGCAACCAAGGCAUUAAAUCCAGCAUCCGUAGCCCGAAGGAGUUCAAAGAUCAUUGGGAUCGUGCAGCCAAUUUGAUUACACCAUUUGAGAAGUCGACGGUUACUGUACCACUCCGGGGUAAAGACUAUACCUUUGAUGUUUACCGGCGAGAUCUCUGGACCUGGGCAUUGGAUUUGAUUCAGGAUCCACUUCUGGAGCCACACUUUCGGUUCAUCGAUGAACCGUGGACAGCGCAAGCUUUUUGGGAUCUACAGACAGCGCUCCCAAAAGGCGCAAAAGUUCUUUGUUACAUUAUAUAUGCUGAUAAAACACGUCUUUCUUCUUUCGGUACAGCUCAAGGUUAUCCUGUCAUUGCCCGUUGUGGAAAUCUGAAGAUUGACAUACGAAAUGGGAAUGGUGUUGGCGGUGGACGUGUCGUUGGGUGGCUACCAUUGAUAAAGGAGGAAGCAAAGUUCAAGAGGAAGGUUUAUUAUGUAGACUUCAAGCGCCACGUGUGGCAUGCUGCCUUCAGAUUUAUCCUCGAACCGCUAGUUGCACCAAGCAAAGUAGGAGGUUGGGUUCAUCUUGCCUUAGCGAACGUAGAUCUCCAGGUUUUUCCCCGAUUGCCAAUCAAAAGCUGUGAUUAUGAAGAGGCGUCAGAAUUUGUUGUCCUUAUUCGAGGUUCCGGUGGUCUGAAACCAUGCGUCGUCUGUAUGGUACCUAAGGCAGAACAGUAUUGUCUAGAUAUCAAAUACGAGCUACGGACAUCAAAGCAAACUCAAGAAAUACUUGCAGAUGCUGCUGCCAUUCCAAGGAAGGACGCUCGGAACAAGUUUCUGUCUAGCUUUGGCUUGAGAAAUAUUGAGAAUGCCUUUUGGGACAUCAAAGACUGCGAUCCGUUCCGCACACUUUCCUUUGAUCGUCUUCAUGCUUAUGAUAAUGGCCUUUUCGGAGAACAUCUCAGACGUGAAAUCGUUUCCCGGAUUGAAGCCUUAGGCGUGGAAUCUAUAGGUCAGGCAGACGAUCAAAUUAAACGCUUUCCACGCUGGAGGAAUCUAUAUCACUUUGAAAGCGGUUUUAUGGCGGUCCAUUUCGCUGAUGGCGGAAAGUAUGAAGAUCUGUCUAAACACAUCCUUUUUGUCACCCAUAAUCUCCUCACUGAGACCAAGGACAAGCAUGGAUAUCAUUUGCUGAAAUGUGUCCGAAGCUAUAUAGAGCUUCAUAUGUACACGGGCUUCAACCUCCAUACUGAGCGUAGCAUACAAGCCAUUCAGAAUGAGCUUCUCAGGUUUUCAGCACUCAUAAGGGAGUACGAACAACUCACACGGUCGAUUAAUCCGGGCGCGAAAUCAUGGAACUUCCCCAAAGUCCACUCUCACCAGCAUGUCGUUGACGAUAUCUUGCAAAAGGGUGUCACGCUGAACUACAAUACGAAGCCCAACGAGAAAAUGCAUGGCCCUCUAAAAGACGCAUAUCAGUUGCGAACCAACUUCAAAGAUGUAGCGGAGCAGAUUCUACGUGUCGAUUCGUGGUGUAAUGCUGCAUCAUUUAUACGACAGCAAAUCGACUUACACGAUGAGCAACUGCAGAUGUCCGAAAACGACGACUCCGAGCUAAAAGAUCAGGAUAAAUCAGCUUCCGAAUACUCCGGGAAAGUGACUUUACAUGGGCACCGUGGUAAAGGGGGUGGGGUCUUCAAAAUCGGAGAAAUCAGGGCUUUGAAGGCAGGCGACCCGGCGUUCAAGGGUUUUCAAACACGUCUAUCAUCCUUCAUGGUGGGACAGUUUGCGAAAUACCCUGAUAUUGUCCCUGAAGUCGAUGGAGAAAAGGUAGUAUUCAAGACAUUCAAGCAACACGAAGAGAUUCAGCUAUACGGCCUUUUGAAAGUCAAUUAUGAAAACACCAUUGAUUGGACCACAUCCACCGACUAUUUGCGAUGCAGCCCUGAUUUCUAUAAUCAUCCACGAUACGAUUUCCUCCUCAUUGACAGCACCGAGCGUCCAUUCUUCGCGCAGCUUAUAAUGGUCUUCACUUGUGUUAUUGCAGGAAAAACGUUUCCUCUCGCCCUUGUCCGUCCUCUUGAUGAACCCGUAGGCACAACAACUGCAAAGCUAGACAAGGACCUUGGCUUUUAUCGAGUCCGUGCACGAAAGAAAGAAAAAUCAGUAUUUGUAUCCGUCUACAUGAUUAUUCGAGGGGCGCUCUUGGUUGAAGAUUUCGGGGCCAAGCCAGGCGAUGGAUUCAAGGAGUAUUUGAUUGUUGAUAGCAUUGACAGCGAUAUGUUUCUCAGGAUGAAAUCCCUCAAGUAUACUGGCGGCCGUGAUUGAAGGAAAUA